AUGGUCAGGGACACGUGGACCUCGACGGACGCGCUGCCGCGUGAUUUGGCCCUGGUGGUGGCGGAUGAUGCGCCCGCGGAUGAUGGUGGCUUCUUCACCAAGGUCUUCGCGGCAGCUGCACAGGGAUGCACGGCGGCCCUCGUGGCUGCCAUCCUGUCUGCCAUUUGCGAGCCGUUUGUGAACCGCCUGCUGGUGAAGCGAAUGACCCUGGCGCAGGCCUACGCCGAGGUCAACUUCAACCUCAUUGCCAACUUCUUCCUCACCACCUUCCCCACCAACAUGCUGAAGUUCCCUGUCUUCGAGGUGAUCAACAGGGCCAUGAUGUACACGAGCCUGUCGCCGGGACUGAGCCCGGUGCCCGGCGGCUUCAUCAGCGGCUGGCUGUUCUGCACCAUCAUGCUCCCCGUGUGGAGCUCGGGGCACGGCAGAACACAGUGCCGACGCAUCGUUCCAGUGACGAACUACCGAUUCCGCAAGAGCAUGGGCUGGGAGAUCAAGGCGUCGCUCCUGUACCAAGCCUACGUGCAAGUCCCCACCGUGGCUCGCGACAUCAUCUAUGGCUGGGCUCGUGGACUGGCCAACACUUACCUGCAGGACACCAUCGCCCCUUCGACCUUCACCCACAAGGCCAGGAGAUGCCAGGAGAUGCCAGGAGAUGCCAGGAGAUGCCAGGAGAUGCCAGGAGAUGCCAGGAGAUGCCAGGAGUCCGAUAGGAGUCCGUGA